AUGCAUCUGUGCAUCUUCGUCAUCCUCAUCAUGGCUGUGAUUCCCAUUAAUUGUAGGGUACUAUACCAAGGUAUCUCGAAGACUACAAGAACUAGGGGAUCCAAAUUCGUGAUGUGGUCUCGAAUGAUCUUGAUCAACGCAGAGGGUAUUUAAUAGUUCAUCUUCAUCUGAAAAACCCAUCUCAAAGUCGCUGGCUUGCAACGACUGACACUCUUUUCGUAGCACAGCACUUUGUGACUCGUGCCACACUUUCCAGCAGCAGUAGUUCCACAACGUUCCAAUCAAGAAGAUGCAACUAUUACCAUUCAGUUUCUUCCUUUUGUUUGCACUCAGCUUAAGAGAGUGUUUGGAGACAGCCGCAAGCCAGGAUUCGGAUGGCUUUACCACGCCCAGUCCUGCUUGGAUUGAAUACCAGCGCAUCCGCUUCAGUGAAGGUCCGAAUGACCCGAAUAUUUUAACCAGCUCCCAGAUUUUAGGGAGCUCUACCAAGGCACCUGUUCAUACUGUGGUCGUGGUCACUCCCAAUGUGGAGACUACAUCGCGGAGGCACUCGUCGCAUUCGACAGAGAGCCAUGAGGAGGAGGACUCUACGGAACCACCGGUAGACAACGGAGAUGGAGAAAAUGGUGGCGAAAUCGAGAUGCCCAGCAUGCACGGCUUCCUCAAGUUUCUGAAAACCAUGCAGAACAGCUGGAUCAAGAAGUCGGCCCUCAGCAUUGAAAAGAAGAUCAAACUCCUCCAGAAUCUCCGUGACAAUCUAAUGCGGAUGAUUGAGCAACAUUUCGCGGUUCUGUGGCAGCCACCGGAGCGGAAGAGACGUAGGCGUCGCGGCCUGAUGGACGAAGCCGCAAUAGAUUUCCCACCCGAAGCAGCCAUCAUGAGCAUUAAUUUCCUUACAUUCGCUGUUUUUCUCAUCAAGCUGGUGAUGCAAGUGGUGAAGAUUGUUAAGAGCAAGCAUUAUACCUUAUCUGGAUUCAGCUUUAAUCCUCAAGUGAUCAGAAAUCCCUAGAACUGUGGAAAGGGCUAACGCUACCACCUCUACAUGGUUUAAUGAAAAAUUGUUUUAAUUUAAAUAAACUAUAGACUAUACUUUCGUCGCAAUUCC